AUUCGGCGCCCAUUUUGGUAGAUGUCGCUCGCGUCGCCCCGUUCGAAAAUGGCGUUGUGUGUGAAAAGUGAGUGAUGUGUUGACAAAAACCAGCAAUUUGAAAAUGUCCAACGCCCCCACGAGUCGUCGAAAUGGUGCCCAAAAAAUCCGACUGACGAUUCUUUGUGCGAGGAAUUUGGUCCGGAAGGAUUUGUUCCGCCUUCCCGACCCUUUUGCGAAGAUUUCGGUGGACGGUAGUGGACAGUGCCACUCCACCGAGUUCGUUAAAAACACGUUGGAGCCCAAGUGGAACUCGCACUACGACCUGUACAUCGGGCGCAAUGAUUCCAUCACGAUCUCGGUGUGGAACCACCGCAAAGUCAUCAAGAAGCAGGGCAGCGGGUUCCUGGGCUGCGUCCGGAUUGUUAAUUCGCACAUCCAGAGGCUGAGGGACACCGGAUACCAAUGUUUGGAUCUGGGAAAAGCAUGUCCGGCCGACAGCGAACCGGUCAAAGGUCAAAUCAUCAUUUCGUUAUUAUCACGCGAUGGCCCUUGUAGUGGUACACCUUUGGCCGUUGUUGGCCCCCAAGGCGAGUUACGGGGGCCAACUGAUCGCGAUUCUUCGCCCUCAAAUAACGACGAUUUACCGCCCGGCUGGGAGGAACGCCGAACGGAAAACGGAAGGCCCUACUACGUUAAUCACAUCACCAGGUCCACACAGUGGAUUAAACCACAAUCGACCAACAAAACAAGAAGACGCUCCACGCAUCAAAACGAUAAUAAUAACACUAAUAACGAAAAUACGAUAGGGGGCACACAGAUGGGUGUACAGGAAAUUCUGAAUAAUAACACGGGGGAGACCCUCACCCCUAGUUCGAGUACAUCGCCGGUUUCGCCAGUGGUCAGUCCACAAAAAACCACAUCAACGCCUCAAACGACCGACAAUCGAAACAAUUUUAUUACGCUAUCGCCGACUUCGACGUCUGUUAUUCCAGCGCCUAAUAAUAUCAGUUGUAACGCACCGAAUGGCGAAAAUACGAACGUUGUGAGCCCACAAAUGGGGCAAGGGCAAGGCCAAAGGGCUAUCGUGCGCAGCGAAAGGCGGCAAAGGAGUGCAGAGGAGCGAAGGGAUGGGAGCAGCAGGAGGAGGUCAGGGAGGAAUAACAGGAAUUCGGGAGGGACGACAGCCCAAGGGCCGGUUACACAGAACAGCAAGCUGGAUUUGCCUCCCGGUUACGAGUUGAGGACAACUCAGCAGGGACAGGUCUAUUUCUACCACAUCCCUACCGGCGUAUCGACAUGGCACGACCCCCGAAUACCCAAAGACUUGGCCCCCUUGAGCCUGGCUUUGGACCAUUUGGGCCCCCUUCCGCCUGGUUGGGAAAUGCGCCAAACAGCCUCAGGCCGGAUUUAUUUCGUUGAUCACAACAACAGGACGACUCAAUUCACCGACCCUCGCCUCAACACUCAAAUACUCAACAAUAUUUUACGUCGGGCUAGCGCCACCUCAACCACGACGCCAACAACUAGAACUACCCCAACUACGACAACAGCAAGUACAACAUCGCCUUCAACGUCAACAACAACCGUUACGACAACAACGACAACGACAGCAGUGCCUCAAAAUCCGGCACCACUUUCACCGCCGCCUCGCACUCGGAUUGUGGAGGAGUUGCCUCAAAGUCUACUCAACGAUUGCGAUCAUUUACCGAAAUAUCGGCGGGAUUUAGUUGCGAAAUUGAAGACUUUACGAGCGGAAUUAACGGCAUUGCAGCCGCAAAGUGGUCAUUGUAGACUUGAAGUUUCGCGUAAUGAAGUGUUUGAAGAGAGUUAUAGACUUAUAAUGAAAAUGCGACCGAAAGAUAUGCGCAAAAGACUGAUGGUGAAGUUUAAAGGGGAGGAGGGAUUGGAUUAUGGGGGCGUGGCACGCGAGUGGUUGCAUUUGUUGUCGCGGGAAAUGUUAAACCCACAAUAUGGGUUGUUUCAAUACAGUCGGGAUGAUCACUACACGUUACAAAUUAAUCCGGAUUCGGCGGUAAAUCCGGAACAUUUGUCGUAUUUUCAUUUUGUUGGAAGGAUUUUGGGGAUUGCAGUGUUUCAUAAUCAUCAGUUAGAGGGCGGGUUUACGUUGCCGUUUUAUAAACAAUUGCUUAAUAAACCAAUCACGUUGCAAGAUAUUGAAGGGGUGGAUCCGGAACUACACCGGAGUCUCACGUGGAUGUUGGAAAACAACAUCGACGGCGUCCUCGACACCACCUUCUCGGUGGAGAACAACAGUUUCGGAAUCGUAAAAGUGCACGAAUUGAAGCCAAGCGGCGCCACCAUUCCAGUAACCGAAGACAACAAACGCGAAUACGUCAAACUUUACGUAAAUUAUCGUUUUAUGCGCGGAAUUGAGCAACAAUUCCUUGCGCUUCAGAAAGGUUUCACUGAACUUAUUCCACCGUCACUACUUCGCCCGUUCGACGAACGCGAACUGGAACUAGUGAUUAGUGGAAUCGGUUCGAUAGAUAUCGCCGAUUGGCGAAGUCACACACGACUCAAACACUGCACACCUGAAACUCCCGUUGUUCAAUGGUUUUGGCAAGUGGUGGAGUCGUACUCGGAGGAGAUGAGGGCGAGGUUGUUGCAGUUCGUUACCGGGUCGUCCCGGGUGCCUUUGCAGGGGUUCAAGGCCCUGCAGGGGAGCACGGGGGCGGCGGGACCUCGGCUCUUCACUAUACAUUGUAUAGAUUGUUCACCGCAGAAUUUGCCUAAAGCACACACUUGUUUUAAUCGAAUUGAUAUUCCUCCCUAUGAUAGUUAUCAGACGUUGGCCGAUAAGUUGACGCAGGCUGUGGAGGAGACGUGCGGGUUUGCCGUGGAGUGAUAAGAAAUCGUCCGCAUAUCAUUUGGUCUUUUGCAAGACUGAAGAGUGCCUUGCUCUCACGGUUACGGUUCAAAAGUAAGUGCCUAAGCUAGUCAUUUCACGCUCGUAGCUCGCUUCAAAACCAAAUUCGCUUUCCGAUUAAACCAACACUUUGCCUAAAUGUGACAUAUUGGUGAUAGAAAAUGCCUAAGCGAUGGCCAAAAAGUGCUUUAAAUCAACAAUAAAGAUUCUAUUGUAGCUGUUGUUAAUUGAUGAUGUUUAUCUCGGUAAAAAGACAAAUCUAUUUUUAUGUAAUUUCCUCGGAGGAAUGGAGUAUUUGUUUUGUGAUUGUUUCUCUGUAAAUAUUGCAUACGAACUGAUUAUAUGAUUAGGUUAAUGAUUUGAUAAGCGGUAUUGUGAUUUUUUCUAUAAUUUAUCGACUUGUACAUAGUUUUAACUUUUGCACCUUUUGUUAUCUACUUUGUACAUUUUUUUCUAUUUCUAAAGUAAGGAUACACAAAGCAAUAUUGUAACGUUAUAGUGAUACGAGUUUUUAACCGCACUUGAUUAUAUCACGUAAUGAAACGUUUCGUAAUGAUAUUUUUUAAGUUACUGUUUAAUUCUUUCAUGAUCACUACAAGAAUACUCCACGAUGUACAUAAGCUGGCUGGUUUUGUUCCCUUUCUCAAUACGUCUGUUCAUUUUAGUGAUAAUUUAAUUGUGGUGUUUAUGUUAAGAUUUAUUUGUAUAUUGCAUUCAGAUGAAUAUAUUUUAAACUAUUUUAUAAA